AGAGAGAGAGAGAGAGAGAGAGACCCACUCUCACCCUGUGGUCAUCUGAAAAUGGUGGUGGUGCGGAGGUUGCUUCUUGUUGUGUUAUUGGUUGCUUUACUGGAUUGUGGUCAUGGGGCGUACAUUACAUACAACACGAGUGCUGGCCCUGUAAAAGGCAAGCUCAACGUGCAUUUGGUUGCACAUUCACAUGAUGACGUUGGUUGGCUCAAGACCAUUGAUCAAUACUAUGUUGGUUCAAAUAACAGUAUUCAGGGUGCUUGUGUGAGGAAUGUGCUCGAUUCCGUCAUUGUUUCGUUGGUUAAUGAUCCCAAUAGGAAGUUUGUCUUUGCCGAACAAGCAUUCUUUCAGAGAUGGUGGGUUGAACAAUGUGCAGCAGUGCAAGAACAAGUGAAGAAAUUGGUGGAUUCUGGCCAAUUGGAGUUUAUAAAUGGUGGUUGGUGUAUGCACGAUGAAGCAACAUGUCAUUACAUUGACAUGAUUGACCAGACAACUCUGGGUCAUCGUUUGAUAAAGAAGCAAUUUAACAAGGUCCCACGUGUUGGAUGGCAAAUUGAUCCUUUCGGGCACUCAGCAGUGCAAGCAUACUUGUUUGGGGCAGAGCUUGGUUUCGACUCUCUAUAUUUUGCAAGGAUCGAUUACCAGGAUAGAGAAAAGCGUAAAGACGAGAAGUCUCUAGAAGUUAUAUGGAGAGGGUCAAAGACUUUUGGAUCAUCAUCUCAAAUUUUCACGGGAGCCUUUCCCAUUCACUAUGGUCCUCCAACUGGUUUCCACUUUGAAGUCAAUGAUGAUUCUGCUCCUAUACAGGAUGAUCCUCUCUUAUAUGAUAACAAUAUAGCACAACGUGUUAAUGAUUUUAUUGAUGCUGCCACAACUCAAGUAAAUGUGACACGUACAAACCAUAUCAUGUGGACAAUGGGUGAUGACUUCCAAUACCAAUAUGCUGAGUCUUGGUUCAAGCAAAUGGACAAAUUCAUCCACUAUGUGAACAAGGAUGGCAGAGUCAAUGCCUUCUAUUCUACUCCUUCUAUCUACACUGAUACUAAAAAUGCUGAGAAUGAAUCAUGGCCAUUGAAGACUGAUGAUUAUUUUCCUUAUGCAGACCGAGCAAAUGCUUAUUGGACUGGAUAUUUCACCAGUAGGCCAGCACUCAAACGAUAUGUCCGUAUGCUAAGUGGAUAUUUUCUGGCAGCACGACAACUUGAAUUUUUUGCUGGGAGGAAUUCAUCUAGUGUGAGCACUUAUAGCUUAGGAGACUCUCUGGGAUUGCAGCAUCAUGAUGCUAUCACGGGUACGGCUAAACAGCACACAACGAAUGAUUAUGCAAAACGACUUGCUAUAGGAGCAUCAGAGUCAGAGAUGGUUGUGAGCUUAGCUCUUUCAUGCCUUACUGGUUCUGGAUCAAAGAAAGGAUGUCCAGCUUCGGCAUCAACAUUCCGCCAGUGUCACUUGCUUAACAUAAGCUAUUGUCCUCCAACAGAGGAUUUAAUUCCUGAAAGAAAGAGCUUGGUUCUAGUGGCAUACAAUCCCCUUGGUUGGAGUCGCAACGAGAUCGUCCGAAUUCCGGUAAACAAUGAUCGUCUUGUUGUACGGGAUUCUAGUGGGAAGAUGAUUGAGGCACAAUAUGUAGAAGUUGAUAAUACUACGAGCAGAUUAAGGAGCUUAUACACAAAGGCAUAUCUGGGAGUACCUUCUAACAAAGUCCCAAAAUAUUGGCUUUUGUUUCAAGCCUCGGUGCCAUCAUUGGGAUGGAGCACCUACUUUAUUUCCAGUUCUGGAAAUAGAUCCACCGUGUAUAGACCAGGAAUGGACCCUUUGAAAAAUGGGACAAUUGAGAUUGGUCAAGGGGCUGUGAAGAUGACUUUCUCAUCAGUGUCCGGACAGCUUCAACACAUGUCUAAUAAAAGAACUGGAGUGGAUGUACCUGUUCAACAGAGCUAUCUAUGGUAUGGUUCAAGCGGUGGGGACCAGGACCCACAGGCAUCCGGUGCGUACAUAUUCCGGCCAAAUGGUUCUCCUCCAACAGUUGCCUCUAGAUUGGUACCAUUGAAGAUUCUUAGGGGACCAGUAAUGGAUGAAGUGUAUCAACAAUUUAACCCAUGGAUCUCUCAGGUGAUUAGACUUUUCAAAGACAUGGAGCAUGCUGAAGUUGAAUUCACUAUUGGUCCUAUUCCCACGGAUGAUGGUGUUGGAAAGGAGGUCAUCUCUCAGAUCACAGCAAAUAUGGCAACCAACAAGGUGUUUUAUACAGAUUCCAAUGGGAGAGAUUUUCUAAGACGGGUGCGGGAUUCUCGACCAGAUUGGUCUUUACAAGUUAAUCAACCUGUAGCAGGGAACUACUAUCCACUUAAUCUUGGAAUAUUUAUGGAGGAUGAUAAGUCAGAGCUCUCGAUAUUGGUAGAUCGAGCCACUGGCGGUGCAAGUAUUCGAGAUGGCGAACUUGAAAUUAUGCUUCACAGACGUAUGAUCUUCGAUGACUCUCGAGGAGUUGGAGAAGCACUUGAUGAGAAUGUUUGCAUGGAAGAUUUUUGCGAGGGACUGACGGUUCGAGGACAUUAUUACAUGAGUAUUGACCCUUUAGGGUCAGGAGCACGAUGGCGUCGAACAACCGGUCAAAAAGUUUACUCACCACUUCUCUUAGCUUUUACUCACGAGGAAGAGCAAAAAUGGAAACAUUCCCACAUCACAAAGGCAACACUUAUGGAUACUGGCUAUGUUCUUCCGACAAAUGUUGCAAUUAUUACCCUUCAGGAAUUGGAAGAUGGAAGUGUGCUUCUCCGGUUGGCUCAUCUGUACGAGGCUGAAGAAGAUGUCGAGUACUCAAAAAUGGCCAAAGUAGAACUGAGAAAGAUUUUCAGAGGAAGGAUGAUAAAUGAAGUGAGGGAGACAAGCCUAUCUACCAACCAAGAGAAAUCUGAGAUGAGGAAGAUGCAGUGGAGAGUGGAAGGCGAUGAUGGUGGGGAGAAACCUGGGCCUUCAAUUAAAGGAGGUCCCAUCAAUGUAGAGACUCUGGUUGUGGAACUGGGUCCCAUGGAAAUCCGCACCUUUCUUUUAAAAUUUAGCUAAGAACCCCAAUAUUCAAAUGUAGCAAAUGCACUUUUAUUCGAUUUAAAUAAGACGAUAGUGUUCAGACUUUGUCUAAUAGUCUUAAAAUAAAUUUUCCUAACCUUUAUUCAUAUCCUUAUUUGUAGUCUAUACAAGGCAGGGUGCUGCAUGAUAUUUUUGUUGAGAAAGAAAUAGAAUAAUCUGCAUAGACUACUUUACUU